GUGGGACUUCGGCUGCCUUGUGCAAUGUCUGGGUCACUCAUAGCACCAUCCAACAGAGCAACCAAAACUCGGAACUCAUCCAUCCCACGCAAUGCAUCUCCUGCCUUUGGCACCCAAAGUGAAGCUGGAUUUUCUGCAACUCAUAGUGUGAAAAGUACAGCUUCCAAAGCAUCAAGAGCUUCCACGUACCCUAAAAAAGGGACUACAUUGGGUAACAUUCAGCUGACAAAGGCGGAACAAGACCAUUUACAUGAAGUACUUGCAAGAUUCGAUCAAUUUAGGUAUAACGAGGAAAUGAGAAUUCGCAAUCUUCGUGAUGAACUGGUCGAGAAGCAAAAGGUUCGUAUUCGCAAUGCCGAGGCAAGUGGUGAUGGACAUUGCUACAGCUGCGGACGCCUCUUCAUGGCUGUCUUCAAUGCGCCCAUGGAGUGUUGCAUUUGCAAGCACGAAUUUUGUCGCAUGUGCCUUGAGAAAAUGGCCAAUUCGAAACAAUUAAUAUGCAAAUUUUGCCGAUUUGAGAGUGUAUAUCGAGGACGCCUUGGAAUCUGGUUCACGGAGGAGCUGAAACAAGCACGAGCUGCUGGACGCGUUCGGGGAGUCAGUGGACCGGAGGCCCUGAGAACCUCUUUGCUGCGUAUCAAACGUAAGCUCUCAUCAGUACCUAUUUACAGACAGUCCUGUAAUCCUCGUAUGUCAACACUCGCCUUUCUAAAUUUUGUGUUUAACCUCGUCUAUUCGUGA